CGGCGGGAGCGUUUACCUUUCAGUUGCGUUCGCGUUUUCCAACAGUUCAGACCGGCACCGGGUCGGGGCUAAGAUGAAUUUGUUGUUGCCUCCGUGCGGUCCUCGGUCCUCGUCAUCGCCAUCGACUUCGACUGCGACUUCGCCUUCGUCCUUGCUCCGUUCGUCUUCGUCCUGCGUGUCGGGUGUCGUGAGUGCGGUGGCAGCUGCUGCUCUAGCUGCCACGGAUACUACGGAUACUACGGCUCCCAAAAAAACAACUGCAAAUGGAGCUCGUGUGCUGGCUUAGCCGCAAAGAAUGAAAGUGAUUUAUUUGGCCAAAUGAAAUAUAUGCCCCGCUAAGAGUGCUGGCCGAGACCGAGGUAUAUCCUUCACGGGAAUCGAGUCAAUUAAAAUUCAAUUAUGCGAGCAAAGAUGAAGGAGAGGCCGCGCAAGCGUUUCAAAAUUCGACCGCUGAACUCAUCCUGACUGAAUCGAAAGUCCACAACUGCCACCAGAGUGUUCCCCCCUAUAUCUGGCACCAUACCUCCUGGCAAUCGAUCAUAUCAUUGAGACGCACAUAUCGUGAACGAAUAUCCCGAGCUAGACUGUGUACUCGAAGUACUCGUAAUCAGCAAUUACUUUUAAUCCCUGUUCUUACUAGUUGUUGAGUGAUAUUUGUUGUCAGUUGUGGUCCGCGGUGCCGGCGACUUUCAAACGGGAGGCUCCUGCUGUUCCUGCUGGCCUUCUGGCCUGCACCGAGCCUGUUCAAUCGGAAAUCAAUCAAUUGCACAAUGCCGGAGUGCAUGCGGUGUGAAAAAGUGAAUUAAUGGCACAGCACGACGUCAAAGCUAAGAAACACAGUGAACAGUGACUGCCGUUCGAACAAUAAAAAAGUACACACAUAAUUGGAAACGAGACCGAGUGCUGUCAUUUGUAAUUACAAAUGAGUCUGACAAAAAUACGCCACACAUAGUUCGCAGUUGCAAUUAAUUUAAGGCAAGACCCAUAUACCUAUAAAUAAGGCAAAGUGUUUGCAAUUAAAUUAUCUGUGAUUUUCGUCAACAUAUUAAAUAUUUUCGCGCGUACAACAUUAAGUAAAUAAAACACAAAUUGUAGCAUAAUUUAAAGUGAGGAGUGAAUCCGAAGUGCGAUCGGCCUAGAGGCCAUUCGGUUCGUCGUCGCCCGUCGUAUUUUCGUUCGUUUUCCGCGUUGAUUUUUCCGUAGUGCUUUCCGUGGAAAGUGUUGUAAUUCGCAUCGGCGUCGGCAUCGGUCGGAAGACGUGUAAAUAUCGUACAAAAUGGCAAUGGUUAUAUCGACGCGUGCCAAGCUCGUGAUUACCGCCCUGAUCCUGUUCUUCCUGCUCGGCAUCGUCCUUGUCACGGGCUCCACGAAGGGCUGGUUCAAUCCCAACCGGUACAACGGCGCGGAGCGUGUGGCAGCUAGGAUUCAGGCGACAGACCCCUACGACGCCAGUGGCAUGCAGCCCCCGGGACAGACGCAGUACACGCACGAGAGACCGUACCGCGGCAUCAAGGGCGAGAAGGGAGAGCGGGGGCCCAAGGGGGACAGUAUACGGGGUCCUCCGGGACCGCCGGGUCCGCCCGGGCCCAAAGGGGAGCCGGCCGUCUAUCCGCCCUUCGUGGAGACAACGAGUGCGGGGGCUAAAUACACUGGCGAGUGUACAUGUAAUGCGUCUGAUAUCCUAGAGGCCAUCAAGGACAACGAGUCGUUGCGGGAGACGCUGCGUGGAGUGCCCGGCAAGGAUGGCAAGGACGGAAAGCCCGGAACCCCUGGUCACACCGGAGCCACCGGAGUGCCCGGAGCUAGGGGCGCCCGGGGGCAGGAAGGUGCCCAGGGGCAGAAGGGCGAGCCAGGCGUCGACGGUAUGCCCGGGGUCGUGGGUCCGCCGGGACCACCGGGCCCGCCUGGUUUGCCCGAGAAUUACGAUAUAAAUUGGAAUCCUACCAGGACCUUCAAGGAAUCCCUAAUGGUCAACUCGAUGGGCUCAUUCCGAGGGACGACGCAGCCUGGACCCAAAGGUGUGCCCGGCGAGAAAGGCGAUGCGGGCCAGAAGGGAGAGCGCGGCGAUCCGGGUCACAAAGGUGCCCACGGGCCCAGCGGCGCCAAGGGAGAGCCGGGCGAGCCGGGGACCCCCGGACUGCCGGGUCUGCCCGGACAGGCUGGCCAGCCCGGAGGAAUCGAGGGCCUCGCCAACGUCAACGGGACCAAGGGCGAGAAGGGAGAGAAGGGCAUGCGGGGUCGACGCGGCGGCACCGGACCCGCCGGACCGAUUGGACCUCCCGGAAAGCCCGGCCCCAUGGGCGAUAUCGGACACUCGGGUCGUCCCGGCAUGCAAGGACCCAAGGGUGAGAUGGGACCCAAGGGACCCAAGGGAGAUUCCGGAGGCCGCGAAGGGGUCAAGGGGGACAAGGGCGACCGGGGCCAGGACGGACGCGACGGUCUGCCAGGACCACCAGGACUGCCAGCCGGCGGAGGCGGCGACGGAGACAGUAGCGGCGGAGUACAGUACAUCCCGAUGCCGGGACCACCGGGUCCUCCGGGACCACCCGGCCUGCCAGGACUCUCCAUCUCGGGGCCCAAGGGAGAGCCCGGAAUGGAUUCGCGGAGCAGCUUUUUCGGCGACGCCUCCUACUAUGGACGACCAGGUGCUCGCUCAUCCUUGGACGAACUCAAGGCCCUGCGAGAGCUGCAGGAUCUGCGCGAUCGGCCCGAUGGCACCGCCGAGCCGCCGCGUCCCGCAGGACACUCGCACAAGCACGAGGAGGGCCUGGGAGGACCCGCAGAGGGCGAGGAGCUGCCAUACUUUUCGGCAUCCUCGUCGAACAUGAACAUGAAGAUAGUACCCGGCGCCGUCACCUUCCAGAACAUCGAUGAAAUGACCAAAAAGUCGGCUUUGAAUCCGCCGGGCACCCUGGCCUACAUCACCGAGGAGGAAGCCCUGCUCGUUCGCGUCAACAAGGGCUGGCAGUACAUUGCGCUGGGCACCCUGGUGCCGAUUGCCACGCCCGCCCCGCCCACCACGGUGGCGCCCUCGAUGCGCUUCGACCUGCAGUCGAAGAACCUGCUGAACAGUCCACCGCCCCUCCUCAACACGCCCACGUUUACAACCGCGCCCGAGUACGAAACGUGGUAUCCGCGAAUGCUGCGCGUGGCCGCCCUGAACGACCCCUCCUCCGGCGAUUUGCAGGGAAUCCGGGGGGCUGACUUCGCCUGCUAUCGGCAAGGACGCCGGGCCGGCCUCCUGGGCACCUUCAAGGCGUUCCUCUCCUCCAGGGUACAGAAUCUGGACUCGAUUGUGCGUCCGGCUGACCGGGACUUGCCGGUGGUGAACACCCGGGGCGACGUGCUCUUCAACUCCUGGAAGGGCAUCUUCAACGGCCAGGGCGGCUUCUUCUCCCAGGCGCCGCGCAUCUACAGCUUCAGUGGCAAGAACGUGAUGACAGAUCCAACCUGGCCCCUGAAGAUGGUCUGGCACGGCUCCCUGCCGAACGGUGAGCGCUCCAUGGACACCUACUGCGAUGCCUGGCACUCCAGCGCUCAGGACAAGUCCGGCUACGCCAGCAACCUCGAGGGCCACAAGCUGCUGGACCAGAAGCGCCAGUCCUGCGACGGCAAGCUGAUCGUCCUGUGCGUGGAGGCCCUCUCCCAGGAUCGCAAGCGGAAGAAGCGGGACGUGGGCGGCCUCAGCCACCUCAAUGGCCGUAGUCACAGCUAUGACGAGAGCGAAAGUCUGGAGUUCACCUCGGCGGAGGAGUAUGCGGCGCAUUUAGAAAAUUUACGGCUGUAAGCGGAGCCGGAAGGAAGGAAGUCAGACGAGUCACACCAAACCAUUCUCAUGCAUAAAGGAAAGAAGGGAAAACACAACAAAACAAAUCACUACAGAACACAACACGAAAAACACACACAAGUACAUAGAAUGUAAACGUAAAUCAUGGCCAUGCAUAUAAUCAGCGGAUUCCAAAAAGAAACCAAAAAUAAAAGUGAACGAAUACUCAGAAGACCGAUGGAAGUUGCAUAUAAAUACAUACUUAAUAUAUCCGUACACACACUACUCGUAGGGAAUACCCAAUGUACUCGCCACAUACGUACGUAUGUCAAAGUAAUACGCAUAUAUCGUGGAUCUGUAUGGGAGUGACUUUUUGUUCAGGACAUCAGCCACAAGAAACCACAAUUUUGUACAAGCAGGAACCGUAUUCGUAGUUUGUAAUCUGUAAUUUGUAACUUAACGAUAGCCGUAACCGAAACUAAGUGUAAUUUUUGUAAUUACGUAAGCUCACCCUCGAUACUUAGGGGCGGAUUACGGAUGAUCCAGUUGCCUCCGCCUACGCAUUACUGGCCAAAUUAGUCUCCUACUUAGCUCGUAUGGCAGUGCACUCUAAACAACCCGCCCGGGGAUCCAAGACACUUCACAUAACUCUGUAUAUGCGUGUAUAAAUGUGUAUUUUUCUGUCAAAAGACUUCUAGGUGUGUGUAAAUUAUAAGGAAAUCCCGAAUCCAGAAACCCCCCAGCCCAAAGACCGUAGCCGGAAAUCCGAAUCGUUUUUAACUAUCGCAUAAAGCCCACUCUUUAUAGAUACUAUGACCGAUUUCUACUCCUUUCGUAGUCUGAGAACCCCACAAUACUCGUACUCGUAAUCGAAAUCCAAGUUCGGAUGCCAGUUUUUAUACGCAUCGGUAUCGGUAUAGAGUAAUGGAAUAAUGAAAUUAUAGCAUAACACGCCUCUAUCCAACACAGCCAUACUCACUCGUAAUUUAUUGUCAUUCGAUAACGAAUACUUAACUAAAUUAUAAUUACAGAGCAUAGUUAGUUACAUAAUGAUAAUAUUUCUUUUUGCAUUUACUAAUGCAUUUCCAACUACAAAAUUUGUAAUGUAAUUAAAUGUAAUUGUAACGACAAUUAAGGUAUUAAUUUAAACGAGAAGCCCGAGAGCGGAGGACACAACGGAGGCGACGACAUAAUAUAGUGCGAUUACGAUUAAAGUAAAAUAUAUACAUAUGUUUAGUGAAAUCAAAACUGAAGUGCAGAAAAAACCCUCUAGUCCUAAGCGUAAAGUAAUACAUAAUAGCAUAAUACAAUUGAAUAAUACGGAGUAAUAAAACCUAAACUAUCAAA